CUUCUCAAAUAAAAAUUUAAUCUGGCAAACAUUUCCACAGAAUCCUGCCAACAGAUAAUCCAUCAUGGCCCCAUAUAUUGCUAGGGCUUCCUUGCUCUGUUUGACUUCCUAGGAGCCACCUAGACUCUUCUGUGAUAUUCUCAACCACUGCACCAAGAUAAAGUGGACCUGUCCUCAAGUAGUGAACAUUUCACUUGGCUCCUUAUCUCUGGAACCCUCCUGGUUAUGAAGCUGCUGAUGAGACCCCAUGUGCUUCGCGGCCUUUGGGCUGCCUGGCCAGCCUCUGGUUCUCUUCACCCUCGUCCCAGGAACCUCCUCACCCAUCCCUUCUCAAGGACAGAAACAACACAGUGGGGAGACUAUGAAAUCCCCAAAGAGUUUAACUUUGCCAGUGAUGUGCUAGAUCACUGGGCACAUAUGGAAAAGGAGGGAAAAAGAGACCCACUCCCUGCCCUGUGGUGGGUAAAUAACAAAGGGGAUGAAGUGAAAUGGAACUUCAGGGAACUGAGUGACUUGACUCGUCAGGCGGCCAAUGUUUUAAUGGAGACCUGCGGACUACAGCAGGGAGACUAUCUAAUUCUGAUCCUGCCCCGGAUUCCUGAGUUGUGGCUGUUGACAGUGGGCUGCAUACGGGCAGGGCUUGUCAUCCUCCCUGGAACACCCCAGUUGACAGCCAAAGACAUACUUUACCGGUUGCAGAUCUCAAAAGCCAAGGGCAUUGCGACCACUGAAACCUUAGCCCCACUUGUGGACUCUAUGGCAUCUGACUGCCCCCACCUGAAAGUCAAGCUGCUGGUAUCAGAGCAGAGCCGCGAUGGGUGGCUGGACUUUAAAAUGCAGCUUAAAGCUGCAUCUAUGGACCACACUUGUGUAAAGACAAAAACACAAGAGCCAAUGGCCAUCUUCUUUACCAGUGGAACCACAGGUCUUCCCAAGAUGGCUGUGCACAACAAUGGCCUUGCUCUGAGAUCAUGUCUCCCAUCUUGCAGGCAAGUCCUGAAACUUACAAGUUCUGAUGUCUCUUGGUGCGUGUCAGACCCUGGCUGGAUUUUAUCAGUUGUGGGAGCAAUGAUAGAACCUUGGACCUCAGGAAGCUGCAGCUUCAUCCACGGCAUGCCUCAGCAUGACCCUAUGACCAUUCUACAGACUCUCUCCAGAUUCCCCAUCACUUCCAUGUUAACUUCUGCAUCUGUAUAUCGAAUGCUUUUACAGCUCAAUGUUUCCAGUUACAAAUUCCCAACCCUGAAGAACUGUGUUAGUGCGGGUGAGGUACUGCUGCCUCAAGAUUUUGAGAAAUGGAAACAAGCAACGGGUCUGGCUAUCAAUGAAUUGUAUGGACAAUCAGAAACGGGAAUAACUUGUGCAGUCUCGAGAGGAAUGAAGGUCAAGAAAGGUUCCAUGGGAAAAGUUGUUCCACCUUUUGACAUGCAGAUCAUAGAUGAGGAAGGCAACAUCCUGCCCCCAGGGAAAGAAGGGGAAAUGGCCAUCAGGAUAAAACCUACUAGACCCAUUGGUCUGUUCACCAGCUACUUGAAUGAUCCAGAGAAGACUUCCUUAUCAGAACGUGGUGAUUUUUACAUCACGGGUGAUAGAGCCAUGUUGGAUGAAGAGGGCUAUAUCUGGUACCUGGGUCGCUCUGAUGACAUCAUUAAUGCUUCUGGCUACCGGAUUGGACCUUCUGAAGUUGAAAACGCCCUGGCAGAACACCCAGCUGUGGCAGAGUCGGCAGUCAUCGCCAGUCCAGACCCAAUCCGAGGAGAGGUAGUGAAGGCAUUUGUGGUCCUGACCCCAGAGUUUAUGACCCAUGACCAUAACCAGCUGGCUCAGGAGUUACAGCGGCACGUGAAGGAGACUACUGCCCCCUACAAGUAUCCUAGGAAGGUGGAGUUCGUUCCAGAUCUGCCCAAAACUGUCACAGGGAAGAUCAUGAGGAGCAGUCUCAGGAAAAUUGAAAGAGGAUUUAAUCAGUGAUCUAUUUCUGGACUCCAGCUCAGAUGCUGUGAGAACAUGUGUCUCUCUUAAGUAGAGUAUGUGUCAGAUACAUAUGCAUAUUUAAGCAGUAUUAGGUUGGAAUAAAAGAGGACUGGGGCACUUAUUCUCUUCCCAACUUUACCAAUGGCCAUUAAAAGGCAUUUCCAAUUAUAAUUCUGAGUAUACCACAGAUCAAAACCCCUGAUGUUGUAGGAUUUUAUCUUUUGUAAUAGUUGACCAUAAUAACAAUUAAUUUCCAGUAAAGAAAAAAGGUUAUUUGGAUCUAUGAAAGAGAGGUCAUCAUUAGGUUGUGUCCAGGCUACUGUCCCCAUGCCUUGGAUACAUUCUUUCCUCCCCUCUUUUCAUUAGAAUCUUUAGCUUUCUUCAGAGCCCAGCUCAGGUGCCACCUCCUACUUAAGUCCUUUCUUGAUAUCCUGAGUCCUCUAUUCCUUCUGUUAUAAUCUUGUAUUUGCUAAAGUGUUUUUAGGCAUUCCCAAAUAGAUCCAUGAGAUCCCUAUAAGAUCCUUGAGGACAGGAACUAUUUUUGCUUUUGUAGACCCAAUGCCCAGUGAUUCAUAAAUGUUAAAAAGAAUUAGGCUUUGGACAACUAGUAGGGAUAUCCAGUGUAAUGAUGACAGUGAGGAUGCAUGAAGUUCAGAGCAUUAUGGGUACAGAGCUAAAAGAUACUCCUGGCGCCAUUUAGUCCAACAUCCUAUUUUCUCAGAUAAGGAAAUUGAAGCCCAAAGAAAUUAAGCAACUUGCUGGAGGUCAGAAAAGUAGUGUGAGAGGCAAAAUUUGAAGUCAGAUCAUAUGGCUCCAAAAUCAGCUCUUUCCACUAUACCACACUGUCUCUUAGUUGCUGAAUUCUCAGGCCACAUCUAAAUUUCUCAAUAGGAAUAUCUAGAGCCUGGCAUCUGCUUUUCCUCAGGAAGUCAAAACUACUCAUUGUCUUACCUCAGUACCCAAUUCCUGACUGCUUACAGGUGUAACUCUUUUCUCUAAAUAUAGAUAGUACUCAAAAGCUUACAUUCCACUCCUUAGUACUGAUAAUGUUUGAUGAAUAGUUUGGGGGGGGGAAAUCAAACUUUGUUCCAUUUGACCCCAUACCCCAUCAACAUAAGCAUUUGCUAGAUGUGUAUCAUUGCCUUAACUAAGCUAAAUAAGGCCAAGGAAUUUGGCAGAUAAUUUUGUAGUUAAUGUUUUGCAUUUUAAUAUAUGUGUCACUUAGAAUCAUGUGAUUUGAGCUAGAAGAGACCUAAGAAGGUAUCUAGUCCAACACACCCAUUUAUAGUUGAGAAAACAGAGGCCCAGAGAGAUGUAAAACUUUACCUACCCAGGUGGUAGUUAAAUAGUAGAGAGAAGGGUAGAAUUUGCCAUUCCCACACACUGCUUGAUCACUUCCAGCAUUAGAACACAACCUUGUACCAAAAUAUUCCAAUGAACAACGAAUCAACCCCCUUAUCCUUCCUGACAAUGUAUUCUUCAUUCUAUAGCUAUAGUCCACCUCCCCUCUGCUCAAAGGAGGGAGACAUGCCCUUGAAUUGCUGACUGGUCACCGUAUGUAUCAAAAUUCAUUAGAAUUCUGAAUUCGUUAGAAUUUCAGUAUUGUUUUCCUUUUUGUUGUUGAAGCAACUGUAUACAAGGUUAUUUACAUUAUUAAGCUAAUUAUGUACAUUGUUCUAUUUCUGUAUCAUUUCACGUCUUCCCAAGUUUCUCUGAAUUCUCUAUAUUAUUGAUAUGUUAACAUAACAGAAAUAACGUUACAUAGCUAUUUGAAUGUUCUCUAGCCCAUUCGAUUAUUAGUUUCUAGAAGGUACUGUCUUUCUUUGUAUAGUCAGCACUCAUUGCUUAAUAAAUGGUUAUUGACCAAUCCUAAUUAAAUUUCAA